CAUAAUAUUGCUACACUUAAUUUUGAAGACUUGUGUCAUCUUGUUGAGUUGCAAAUUCAAAAUACUAAAAAUAGUAUAAUUCCUGGUGGUGCAAAUCUUUUAAGUUUACCUGAAUCAAUAACUACAGUACAAUCUACACGUAGUGAAUAUGGAUCAUAUGCUAAUUAUGUUUCUGUUUCAGAGGUUACUAUGCAAGUAAAUGCAAUAAUUGAGUCUAUUACAACUGAUUUUAUUGGUACUACAAAUGUGCAACCUACCUUUGGAACUAUUCUAUUACAAUUUAUGAAUCAAAAUGAUAUUUUACCUAAUGAUCUUCUCUCAUUUAUAUACGAAUUCACUGAAAAUACAGUAACAAAUAUUAAACUUCAUUUUCCAGACCAUGAAAUUACAGUCGUACCUGGGCAAUUACCCUAUUCAAUUUCAGUUUAUGGAAAUCAUAAAAUUAAUAAAAUUGGAAAUUUUUAUGGAAUUUCUAAAAAGAUCGCAGGUAGUAAAAAUUUUUUUAUUUAA